AUGAACAAAAUCAACAACACUGAUACACACCUCAUCGCGUAUUACGUUAAUGAGAAACAUAAAGAAAGAAGUCGUUUUUCAGUAAAUUUGUAUGAUGAAAGACAGGGUAGAUGUGCUAUAGAACUUGAAGGCCCAAUCCCAAACUGUUGUUCUGAAUUCCACAUACUAGAGAAUCUGCGCGGCUUACAAUGCCCACCAUUGCCAUUGAUUUUGCACACUGAUUUUCGGUAUCGGGUUGUCGACGGAUACGGCUUCGAUUCCAAAACUAACGAUUAUAAGGUGGUCAGAAUUAGUUUCUUCACAAAUUCUCCAAAUCCUGAGGUUGAGCUUUACUCUCUUAAUAGAGAAUGUUGGAGAAGAAUUUGUGUUGUUGGUCCUCAUAAUCGUUUCUGUUUUCCUCCAAUUCCAUUUCAGCCUGCUCAGGCUUUUGUCAAUGGGAUUGUCCAUUGGGUUGGAUGCAAUUUGGAUGCUGCUAAAGAUAUUUCAAUCUUGACAUUUGAUAUGAGCAGUGAGGUAUUCUGUACGAUUAAGCCGCCGGCAGCUCCAGGACAUGGAUGGGUGAGGACACAUUUUGCUGUUUCAGUGCUUAGGGAGUCACUUUGUCUGGGCCAUUUUGAUUCCUCGGUUAGCCAAGGUUCAAUAUGGUUGAUGAAAGAACAUGGUGUUGUAGAAUCUUGGACCAAAGUAUUUUCUUUUGAUGUUGACAGAGUUUUUGCGGGGCACACGCUUGGUUACAGGAGGAAUGGUGAUCUUCUUUUCUAUACAAGAAAUGAUCACAUGUUUACAAUUAACCUCGAGUCUCAACAAGUUAAGGAUCUUGGAAUUCGGUUGUCUGGUGUUUUGAAAUCACUCUACGUCGUUCCUUACAUGGAGAGCUUAGUCUUACCUUGGCAAGUGAAUCAAGUCUUAAGGGGGCAAGCCUAG